AUGUCCAAGAGAGGCAUGGGCAGCCGGGCCAAGGGGGACAAGGCGGAGGCCCUCGCGGCGCUGCAGGCGGCCAACGAGGAGCUUCGAGCCAAGCUCACAGACAUCCAGAUCGAGCUGCAGCAGGAGAAGAGCAAGGUCAGCAAAGUGGAACGCGAGAAAAACCAGGAGCUGCGGCAGGUGCGCGAGCAUGAGCAGCACAAGACCGCAGUCUUGCUCACAGAGCUCAAGACGAAGCUGCACGAGGAGAAGAUGAAGGAGCUACAGGCCGUGCGUGAGACGCUGCUGCGGCAGCAUGAGGCCGAGCUGCUCAGGGUCAUCAAGAUCAAGGACAACGAGAACCAGCGGCUGCAGGCACUGCUCAGUGCUCUGCGUGAUGGUGGCGCUGACAAGGUCAAGACCGUGCUGCUGUCCGAGGCCAAGGAGGAGGCCAAGAAGGGGUUCGAGGUGGAAAAGGUCAAGAUGCAGCAGGAGAUCACCGAGCUCAAGGGCGCCAAGCGACAGGUGGAGGAGGCACUGACACUGGUGAUUCAGGCGGACAAGAUCAAGGCCGCGGAGAUCCGCAGUGUGUACCACCUACACCAGGAGGAGAUCACCCGCAUCAAGAAGGAGUGUGAGCGGGAGAUCCGCAGGCUGAUGGAGGAGAUAAAAUUUAAAGACAGAGCAGUCUUCGUGCUGGAGAGAGAGUUAGGGGUUCAAGCCGGGCAAGCUCAGAGACUGCAGCUCCAAAAAGAGGCUCUAGAUGAGCAGCUGUCCCAGGUCCGAGAGGCCGACCGGCACCCGGGCAGCCUCAGACGGGAACUUCCUCAUGCAGCCGGUGCAGGAGACGCUUCAGACCACUCGGGAAGCCCUGAACAGCAGUUGGAUGAAAAAGAUGCCCGGCGCUUCCAGCUUAAAAUUGCAGAGUUAAGUGCGAUUAUCCGCAAACUGGAGGACCGCAACGCCUUGCUGUCAGAAGAGAGGAAUGAGCUGUUAAAGCGUGUAAGAGAAGCCGAGAGUCAGUACAAGCCACUGCUGGAUAAAAACAAGCGCCUCAGUCGGAAGAAUGAGGAUUUGUCUCACGCUUUACGCCGGAUGGAAAACAAGUUAAAAUUCGUCACCCAGGAGAACAUAGAAAUGAGACAGAGAGCCGGAAUCAUACGGAGACCCAGUUCCUUGAACGACCUUGAUCAAAGUCAGGACGAGAGAGAAGUCGAUUUCUUGAAGCUUCAGAUUGUGGAGCAGCAAAACCUCAUAGAUGAACUAUCUAAGACCCUUGAGACCGCCGGCUAUGUGAAGAGUGUGUUAGAGCGGGACAAGCUGUUAAGAUUCCGGAAGCAAAGAAAGAAAAUGGCAAAACUUCCCAAGCCGGUUGUUGUGGAGACCUUCUUUGGAUACGAUGAAGAGGCCUCCCUGGAAUCCGACGGUUCCUCCAUCUCUUACCAAACAGACAGGACGGACCAGACCCCGUGCACCCCGGAUGACGACCUGGAGGAGGGCAUGGCCAAAGAGGAGACGGAGCUGAGGUUCCGGCAGCUGACCAUGGAGUACCAGGCCCUGCAGCGCGCCUACGCCUUGUUGCAGGAGCAGGUCGGAGGGACGCUGGAUGCAGAGCGAGAAGUUAAGACCCGUGAGCAGCUACAAGCCGAAGUGCAGAGGGCACAGGCACGGAUCGAGGACCUGGAGAAGGCCCUGGCAGAGCAGGGGCAGGAUAUGAAGUGGAUUGAAGAAAAGCAGGCGCUGUACCGGAGAAAUCAAGAGCUUGUGGAAAAGAUCAAACAAAUGGAGACGGAAGAAGCUCGGCUUAGACACGAGGUGCAGGAUGCCAGAGACCAAAAUGAGCUGCUGGAGUUCAGGAUCCUGGAGCUUGAGGAGAGGGAGAGGAAGUCACCCGCCAUCAACUUCCACCACACGCCCUUCGUGGAUGGGAAGAGCCCCCUGCAGGUGUACUGCGAGGCCGAAGGCGUGACUGACAUUGUGGUCGCGGAGCUGAUGAAGAAGCUGGACAUCCUGGGCGAUAACGCCAACCUGACCAAUGAGGAGCAGGUGGUUGUCAUACAAGCCAGGACAGUCCUGACCUUGGCCGAAAAGUGGCUCCAGCAGAUUGAGGAGACAGAGGCGGCACUGCAGCGGAAGAUGGUGGAUCUGGAGAGUGAGAAGGAGCUGUUCAGUAAGCAGAAGGGCUACCUGGAUGAGGAGCUGGACUACCGGAAACAGGCCUUGGACCAGGCCCACAAGCGCCCACCAUGUUCGGAGGGCGAGCAGCCACGCCUGGCCGGGACUAAGCGAGCACCCAGGGGCCAGAAUGGGGCGUUCAGCACCUGCUACGUGGACAGCGCCAGCUCCGCGCCGGGCGGCAGGAGGCGGGGAGAGGGCGCGGCCGCCAGGUCCUCCCAGUGCACCUGCAGCGCAGACCGAGCUGCAGGAGGCUCCGAGACCGGACCCUGUCGCCCGCUCCUGCCAUGA